AUUUUCAUCAAACGUCCAGCCAAAUAUUAUCUACACUCCAUUCCCAAAGAUCGAAUCUUAUUUAGGGGGCGACGGGAUUCGCCAUCUGUUUUCAAAUUUCAUUCCUCCAUGAACUUUAUUUUCCCUCGACUUUGGACAAAAUUAUAACCCGAUCGAUCCGCUUUCUGGCCACCACCCGUCUACAUAUAUUUUCCUGGCGCGGGCUCUUCGCUGUGCAGGUCAAUUUUUCUGUCUCACGUCCACGGGAACACGUGCAGAACAGAGUCUGCAGCUGAUACAAACUUAAAUGCAGUCAGGCUGAUGUGGGGUUGGAGGUUCAGGCUCAGCACCUUCUCUCUUUUUUCCCUCCCCCCUCUUCUUCUUUCUCCCUCUGCGCUCUCAUCCCUGCGCCCGGAUCUCUCCCCCUGCGCGCUGUGUCCCUCCAAACACCUGCAUGCAUCUCCUUCCCCCUUUUUUUUUUUUUUUUUUUUUUUGUGAACCUACAUGUUAACUAGAACUUAUCCGUGCGGCACCCGCUUGCAGUCAGUGGAGCCCCCUUUUUUCCCUGUCAACUUUUUGUUGCUCCAAUGCAGGACAACUUUUUUCCCUGUGCUGUAGUCCUGCGCGCUGCUCCCCCAUCUCACUCAUCUUCUUUUUUUUCUUUCUGUCCCUCUUACGGGAGCUUUCACUUACAUUGCCAGUCAUUGAUCAUGCUACUCUUCAUCAGUGUAGUUUAAUGCGGGAGGAAGGAGGCGCGGUCCGAUCCGUUGAACUGCCCAGAUUCCCAUCAGUCCUCUGCGCACGUCGACAGGAUUCCCAACAACCAAAGUGGGAGCUGCAGGACAAGUCAAUGAAGGUGCUUCGGUGAAGUGACGUGUUAGUGCAGUGCGACAGCGGCACUCUCCCUUCCUUCUGCCUCUUGGGUCGGAACCUGCGCAGCGGCGAACGAACUCCAAUCCAGGCCGACAGACGGUGAUCCGGCUUCGGCCUCAGGUGUAUCUCUGAGGCGGGGCGACGCGGGAGUCCAGGUGUUGUGGAGGCAUGGACUGCAACUGCGUCAGUGAUCUGCUGAUCCCCCCUGUGCCUGCUCUCUGGACGCCAGGUCAGUUAACAAGGUUCGCCUUCCCAGACUGGGCCUACAAGCCUGAGUCGAGCCCCGGGUCCAGGCAGAUCCAGCUGUGGCACUUCAUCCUGGAGCUGCUGCAGAAAGAGGAGUACCACGGGGUGAUCGCCUGGCAGGGGGACUAUGGAGAGUUCGUCAUCAAGGAUCCAGACGAGGUGGCCCGUCUGUGGGGGAUAAGGAAGUGCAAACCUCACAUGAACUAUGACAAGCUGAGUCGGGCACUGAGGUAUUAUUACAACAAGCGCAUUUUGCACAAAACCAAAGGAAAGCGGUUCACCUACAAGUUUAACUUCAGUAAGGUGGUGUUGGUGAACUACCCCAUCCUCGACAUGGCAAACUCUCCUUUCUUUCUGGCCCAGAACCACUUCAACGGGGGCUCCACAACGCCUGACUGCAGCCCAGAGGUACAACGGGCCAUACAGUCCCUGUUUCCUCGAUUGCCAGACUCCGGCAGGGGGACUUCUCUGUUUGAUCGUGGCACCACGGCACCGGGGCCUGAAGGAGACAAGCUGAGACUGGACGCGUUCCCCUUCCUCAGUUCAGGUGCCCCAUGCUACUCCAAACCCCCGUCCCUGCUGGGCCCGUACCCGCGCAACCCACCCUUUGACUACCCGUGGGGCUUCAACCCCUACCUCCCAGGGGCCUUCUCUCUCAAUAACUGCCCAAAACUGCCCCCUGGCUCACUUUACCCCUCCCAGUUUUACCCUAACCCUUUACAGAGCAGCCUUUCCCAGCUGCCUCACCCCUUCUCUUCCCUGCUCCCCCCGGGGGAGGCAGGUGGAGGUGAGAGGGGGGCAGCGGGGCAAACCGGAGGCACAAACGGCACUGCGGGUGGUCAACCAGUCAGACUGUGCCUGCCACCGUACCCGGGGAGCCUGUCGAUUGGUCGGACGGACAUUGGGGCGGCGUUGGGGGAGAGGGUGGAGGCAAAUACUCCAGGCACAGGGGUGGGUCUGACUCUUGGAGCAGUUGGACUGGGAGCCGGAACUGUGGCGGGCCAGCAGAGUCCCACAGAGAGGAGAGGAGGAGGGGUAAAGCAGGACCCCGAGUCAGACUCAGACUUGGAGAUCACAGAUCUGAGCGACUGCAGCUCGGACAACGAGAACGAGCACGAGUUCGGCAUCAGGAAGGAGUCCAGCCUGGCGAGCAGAUCACAGAUACUGCUGGAUGGGAAGAAAGGGAGUGUGCUGCCACCAGUCUCCGCUCUCCCUCCGCCUGUGUCCCCGCAUCCUCUGAAGAGCCUGAUUCCCCUCACUCCUCCACCCCCAUCCCUGCCUCCCUCGCUCUCCCCCUCCAUGGCUCUGCAUGACAGACACAGGGAGACAGAGACUCUCAAAAUGAUCCACAGCUAAUACUUUCUCUCCUGCGUCCACCAUCUUGCCAGUCUAUGCUCUGAUAACUCUCUUUUUCUCUCCUUUCUUUUCACGGAGACACUUUCCUGCUUUCAAUGGUCAACUCUUGAUGGACACUUUUUCAAGGAAAGGCAGUUAUGUUCUUUACUUCUAGAAUUACUGUUUCCCUGUUUGCUGUGUAAGUUUUUAACUCGCCCACAGUCCAUUACCCUGCAGACGUGUCCAUCUUAUGCGUUCAGUUUUUAAGGUAUCGGCUGUCCAUAUCCCCACCUUGUCCUUUCUGUUUUGAUCUCUCACACCAAAUGAUCGCUCCACACUUUGUUGACUUGUUAAGCGCGUUGCCAGCGGGACUCGACAAUUUUCUGUCUGCGGUCGAGCUAUGAUAGAAGGCAGCGAGGUGGUAAAUUACAGCACAGCAACACCUACCCUGACAAACAUUAACAAACAACAUCCCUAUACUAACAGAACAGAACAACAAAUGAUGCUCAGAUCGAUCCAAUUUUACACAUUUGUCCUGUAAUUCUUCAGAUUUGGACCAUAUAUAUAAAAUCACCACUUGUUCUGAGAUGCAGUCUAAUACUGCCACCUAGUGGUCAUUUUAGUCAACAUUUUCUUUAAUGGAUACAUCUCAUCUCCCCAUCAUCCUUGGAGAAAAAUUCUAUUACCUAUGAGUUUAUUUUGCACUUACUUUUAACACAUAUUGUUUCUUGCAGGUUUAUUUAAAUUUUUAAAUCCUAAUUUUUAAUAGUGAUAACUGUGAUAGUGUGUGAACAUUUAUUUUGUCCUGUGGUUCAAGUAUUUUCUGCACAUUUUCUUUUUU